ACUUCACUCAUUCAUUCAUUCGACCACCAUCGAACAGUGGUGCCGUGACCAUGACUCCGGGUAGGCCUUGAUCGAUUCCGCUGCCGCAACUACCUACCUACCUACCUAGGCAUGUAAAAGCCUGGUACCGCAAGCCUGGUACCAUCGCGGACUACGGCACCCACACCAACACCUGACCCGUUGCAGGUAAAUACAUUUCCCACGAUCCCGACCGAACCCGGACUGUGGGCCGGCCGUUGACCUCGACUGACCUUGGCCGCACCUUGGGCUGAUGUCCACCACACCAGACCAGACCCUUUCUGCCCAGCGCCCACCCAGGCACCCCCGCCGCCCCAAGUCCCAGCAUGUCGCCCCCAAGUCCCGGCCCGGUUCACUCUCUGUAUUCCGGGGGUGGUGGACCGUGGAUGCUCGUUGCUCACUCGGCGCACUCCCCCCGUCUCGCACAUUCACUUCCACCUCCAAGUCCACUUGCAAGUCCACUUGCUACCGCUGGUGCUUCUGCCUCUGCUUCUACUUCUGCUUCUCCUUCGGCUUCCACACGCCACACGCCACGCGACUCCAGUCAAACCCCGUCUCUCCAUCUCUCCGUCCUCCAUUCUCUGCUUUUGACCUGGGCUCGGCCAGCUGCUUGUUGUGCUCUCUCGUUUACCAGCCCAGCUUUGCCCACUUUGCUCGCACCCACACCCAACCCACAACCACACGCCCACUCCCGCACCUCACCUGUCUUACCUUCCCUUCUUACCUUGCUCUGCAACAGGAAUUCGCACCUCUAUUCUCCGGUCCUCACAGCCUCCCCCAGUACCUGCUCCAUUUCCCACCUUGGCAGAGGUUGUUGCUGUCUGCAAUUGUGCUACGACAAGGACAAGAUUUGAUGUUCAAUUUUAUACCAAAGAGUCCAUCAACAGCCCCAGCAUCCAACUUGCAUCCGCCCUGGUUGUUGUAUGUAUAUACGAUAAUAUAAUCCUCCCAGUCUCUGUGCUCCGGCCCGCAACGCAGGGCUGCACCGGCUGCACCCGUCCAAUCACCCAAGACGCCUGAGCAAACCCGCUCUUAUUUCUGCGACCCAAAUCCAGGCAACGGAAUUGGACAACGCCUUUGCACGCAUUACUCCUGCUUCUGCUUCUGCUUCUAGCCG